UUGAAUAAUAGACAUGAAUCAGAUCCUCCCGCAAGGAGUUAUACAACCAUAUUUUGAAAUUUCUGACUCUGAUAGUGACUGCGAGAAGCCUGUAGUUAAACCACAGAAAGAAAAGCAAGGAAAGAAGAUAAAGAAGAAGAAAAUGAGGUAGAAGUCAAAGAAAGGGUCCGAAGAACUCGAUUGUUAAGAAGUUUAAUUGAAAUAUGGUUCGUUUGAGUAAAAGAUACUUGAACAAAGAAGCAAUAUCGCCAACCUCUCCUUCAAAUCCAAAAAUUAACAUUCCUUCUAUUUCUGCUGCCAUUUCAAGUGGAGUAGGGAAGAUAAAGAUCAACAAUCUUGAUAUCUCAGAAGAAAACUCUUCUGUUCCAUCUAUAUCUCAAAGUCCUUCAAAUGACUCAAAGUCUUCUCAAAACUUGACUCCUAGUUCAGAAUCUCCUAAAUCAGAGAUCCAUAAAGGAGGGAAGACUAAUAGAGAAGUUCAUAAGUUAAUUAUGAAUAAAUCGAAAGAAGGAAAGAGAAAGAAUUCAAAAAUACGUUGAAAAUAAGAUGUCCAAAUUAAAGCCAACGACUCUUGAUAGCAAGAAGGACUUUAUAUCAUUCAACAGGUCUCAAAUUGGCAAGAAAUCGAUACGUCAAUCGAAUAUAAGGCAUAAGUAAUGAGCAAAAUCCAUUUGGUUGUAAGAUACCGUUAGGUUUGGAUGCGUCUAAAUCAAUGGCUUCACGAGCAAUGUCUGCCCAUGGUACAGGAAGGGCUUCAAUGAGAACUGUUUCAUCCCAGAAGAGUGAUUUUACAAAAUUUCAACAGCCAGAGCUUGGCUCUGAUAAUACUAAAGUCCCUACUUUUCAGCAAGAAAAUACUCUACAUGCUUCAAGAAAGAAAACUCAGACAUCAAAGAUUGGGAGUUCGAAACAGAAUACUCAAGGGAAGCAGAAUAAUAAUUUAAGAAGAGAUAAAGAUACAAUACAUUUCUUAGAACAACCAAAUUCAAAACCUGUGGAUUCUAUUAUGAAAGAGAAUAAAGUCCACUUUUCAUAUAAGUUGAGACAAAGAUUAUUAAAGCAAUUUGCUGAGCUAGAUAUCGAUAGGGAAAUCAGCAGCUUCAGGAAUCAAAAGGCACAACAAAGAAAUACACAUCCUGUAAAGCAGCAGUAUCAGGAACAUAUAAACUCAAUUACAUCUAUUUCAAACACCUACAUCAGCACUAUAACUCAGAAAUAUAACACUAAGUCUUUCUUGUCUGAAUGUCAGAACAAAUAUCGUAAAUUCUAUAAUCCGUCCAAAGUGCUGGCUUCAUCUAAAUUCCAAAGGAGAAGAGUUCCUUUGUCAAGGUUAAAAUUCAAAAAGGACCCUUCAGUUAGCAGCUCCAGAAACAGAUAUAGCCGUAUGGAUCGAGAGUACUUAGCAGCAUAUGCAAAAAAGUCAUUUAAACCUCCAAUUUGAAGUUCUGAUACAGCUAGAUCUCCUCUCAGUGACCAAGAUUUUAACCUCAUAUUUGAUGACUCUCAUUUUCAUUCCAUUGAACCACAAAUUAAGCUUCAUUCAAGACUGACUACUCACUCCAACAAGACUAAAAACCUCGCAGAGGGGUCUAAAGAUCGUCACCUAACUAAUCCCAAUCUGACAUCUACCAACCAUAUUCGAUCUCCUACAGUGCUGUUUCAUCAAAGACUAGUGGAUCUUAUAAUCCCCAUUCAGAAGCCCAGCAAGAGAUUAAGGGAUUCUAGACUUUUCUCUGAAGUAUUAGAAAAUUGAAAAAUACUAUCUGGAUGACCAAAAAUUAAUAUGAAGACCAACUAAGAAAUGUCAAAUUUCUGAAUUACAUCGGGUUCAGUCGCCAGUGCCUAAAACUACACAGAUAUUAUCGUUAAACAGGUAUAAAUCUCCUUAUGACCAGAAGGUGCAAUUGCCAAGGACGAGGUCUAGAAGAACACGCAGGAAGUUAUGCUUU